GACGUAAUAAUAUAAUAAUCAAAUUAAAUUAAAAACGGAAGAAAACAACAAGAAGCGGACGAAUUUCGGCGUUUCCAAGAAUUUUUGAAUGCCAAAAAUAGUCUCCUCUUUUCAUUUUUCUGAUCGUCACCGGCAUAUUUAAAGAAACUGUAGCCCUGUCAGAAGUGCUCUGCUUCUGCUGAGAUUUGAUUCAUACAAGGAAGGAAUAUAUAUACAGAGAAGAAAACAACAGACAGAGUUUAAGAUUCUCUCUUUUUGUUUAUUAAUUCAAACCCAAAUAUCUCAUUGACUUUAUGAUCACAUAUUUAUUUAUUCCUGUUGAAUUUCACUAAGUAAUGGCUUCUUCUUCUCCAUUAUAAUGUAAAUUGUACAAAUUUGAUUUCUUUUUUCAUUGAAUCAGUAGAAAUUUCUCUCUUUCUUCAUUUCGAUUUCUAGUUUCAGUUUAUCUUAAAAAUUAGUCGUUAAUGCCGAGUUUGUCGAAGAAAGGUCUGCAAUACUAGAAGAGAUGACUCUGAGAGAAGGAGGAGGAGACAAUAAGAAGAAGAAGUCCUUUAUCCCCAAAUUAUUUUCCAGCAGAGAGAAGAAGAAGGACAUUAGAAAUCCUUAUGAUAAUUCCUCCUCAGCGCCGUAUGAAAGGUGCCAAACUUUCCCACCCGACUCCUCGGUUGCGAAUAAAUGCUAUUCAGCAAUCCAGUCUGCAUCAAGGUUUAGGAAUCUGAGUUUUAGUGACUUCCCUUCUCCAAUGACGAAUAUCUUGGACACCGAUUCCUACAGAGUGUUUGUAGCAACGUGGAAUGUAGGAGGAAAGACUCCCCACAGUGGCAUGAAUCUGGACGAUUUUCUUCAGGUCGAAUAUCAAGCAGACAUUUAUGUUUUGGGGUUUCAAGAAAUAGUCCCCUUAAAUGCUGGAAAUGUGCUAGUCAUAGAAGACAACGAGCCUGCUGCUAAAUGGUUAACACUGAUCAAUCAGUCAUUGAACACACCAGGGGUUAACGAUGUGAAUAACCCAAGCACUUCCUCUGACUACAAUUUCUCCUUUUCUCAAUCUUCAAAACCAAAAGCAUCGACCCCUAGAGAUUCAAAAAACAAACUCUUCUUCCAGAAACCAUCCCUUAAGACAUUUAGCAAGAACUUUAGGACAGUGAAAAGGAGAUGGCUCAAAACAUGCAACUGCACGCCUGAUUCAGAAAGGAAGUAUAGUAAGGAGUCCUGCUUUAAAUGCCAGCAACCUGAAGUUAGCCAAGAGACUUCUUCAUCGGAAGAGGAAGAUAACUCAAAUAGUUUCACGGUGACGGAUAUUACGGCUGUUUCUAGCAAUAACCAUCUUAAGUACAGCCUUAUUGUGUGCAAACAAAUGGUUGGUAUCUUCCUUACUGUUUGGGUGAGGAAGGAGCUUGUUCAGUACAUAGGUCACAUGAGAGCCUCAUGUAUUGGAAGAGGAAUUAUGGGAUACCUCGGAAAUAAGGGUUGUAUAUCUGUUAGCAUGUCUUUGCAUCAGACAACACUAUGCUUUGUUUGCAGCCACUUAGCUUCAGGAGAGAAAGAAGGUGAUGAACUUAGAAGAAACUUGGAUGUGAUAGAAAUACUAAGAAACACCCAGUUUCGAAAGAUUUGUAAAGCACCAAAUAGUAAAAUGCCUGAAAGAAUUGUUGACCAUGAUCGGGUCAUAUGGUUGGGGGACCUGAAUUACCGGAUUGCAUUGAGUUACUCAGAAACGCGAAAGCUUCUGCAGGAAAAUGACUGGGACACUCUUUUCGAGAAGGAUCAGCUUAAAAUUGAAAGAGAAGCAGGGAGAGUAUUUAGAGAGUGGAAGGAAGGAAAGAUAUACUUUGCUCCCACAUACAAGUAUUCCAACAAUUCAGAUGUUUAUGCUGGAGAGACUAUAACAUCAAAAAAAAAAAGGAGAACUCCUGCAUGGUGUGACCGAAUACUAUGGCACGGAACUGGGAUAGAGCAAUUGUCUUAUAUACGUGGAGAAUCUAGGUUCUCUGAUCACCGCCCAGUCUGUUCUGUUUUCUUAAUGGAGGUUGGGAUUCUUGAUGGAAGAUCAAAGAAGGAAUCACCUAAUUCUAACAGUAACAUGAGAGUUGAAGUUGAAGAACUCUUACCUCCAAGCAGUAGAUUCUUAAGUAACAGGUAGUAAACCAUUGUCAAAGCGAGAAGGAACUGGUCUGAUCUUUUUCGCUCACAAGAGUGAGUGAAGAAAAGAAAUGGCACCAAAUGAUUCUUUACAAGUUAGCGUAGGUUGAACAAUCUGUAUAGUACAUGAUACAAACGUGAAGGGCAAUCUAAAAUCUACAGAAGCUGGUGGAAAAAGUAAAAUCGACAAAAAAA